AUGUAUAUUACAUACAUACUGUGGGUAUUGCAACAUCAUAGUGAAGGUGUGUCUCAUAUAGUGACCACCCACAGAUCGUAUUUUAGAAGAUAACCCCAAUAUAAUCAUAUUUACAGGAAUGGCUAAUAGUAGAAAACUGUAUCUACUAUAAAAAUAAAAGAACAAAUGCGAAAGGGGCUGACUCGUCCCCAGUCGUCUUCAAAGGCCUUAAAAGCCGAAUUAACUCAUAGGAUUAACUUGAGAUAUCGCGAGACACACGCAAAUGCAGUAAAAAUCACGCGUGGAGAGUGGGCGCGCGAGGGACGACGGGAAGGGAGAAACGAAGGAGACGACUGGCAGAUCCUGGAUUCAAGAUGGCCACUAAAACAAUGGCGGAUUUUGAAGAAAAUCAUGAUCUCCAAAAUAGGCCAUUUCAUCGUGCGUAUUUAGACGGAAAACUACCAUGUCCUCACAGAUCGUGUAAAAGUAACUCUGUGAAAGUAUUCUUCGAGGAGAAAGGAAUCGCGCAACAUUUCAGAACCAAACAUAGUGGGAUUGUAUUUGACGAAGAGAAACAACUUCGAGAUGCACGCCGUAUAUUUAGAUUUUCUCACGGAGAAGAAACGAAACAGCAUUUGGAAAUCCUUUCCAAACAACGCCAGUUUCAGGUAGGUGACUUAAUAAUAUGUAUUGUUCUUUCAAGCAUUGUGUUUGGCAAAUGAAUAAUUCAUGAGCUAUAUGCAAAAAUUUACAUAUGUUUCGUCAGGUUGCUACUCUUGAAAUCAAAUCUACGUGUAUAUUCACAGUAUUUUCCAUCUCUCAUUUAUUUUAGAGCAACGACUACGAACGCUUUAGCAUAUCAACGCGGUAUGAAGCCUGCCUUGCCAUUGAUUUAGUGGCGAAAUGUCCACAAGAAUGUGCCAAGCUUGUAGGGAUGUUAUUAAUGCAUUAUGGUCAACUGAGAUCGUAUAGCGAAGGAGCGAAGCCAGAAAUACUGGAAGUGAGCAAGCCAGGGGUGUUUGUAAAGUUUAACACAUGGUAUUCCAAACGAAAUGUUGGAGAAAACCUCAUUACGACAGUGGUGGCAGAGGCAAUUUUCGUUAAAAGGAUAAGAUCAGUGUCUAUGUUUUUAAUACAUGUAGUUUUACUGUAUUAUUAGAAUGUUAGGGUUUGUUUGUCAAACAAACAAACAGGUUCAAUUCCUACCAAAGGACCUUGUGCAGGGUGUUAGCCAGAAGUAAAAAAAAAUCCGCGUUUACCUGAAAUUGGGAAAGUUAUUUUAGCCUGAAGCCGGGCAUUUCUUUGUGGGUCUGGGGGCAUGGGGUUGCCCUCUCGAUUUUUAAAAUUUUUGUGCCUUUGAAAUGGCAUUUCCCACAUUUUGGGAGUAAUUUUGAGCAAAUGUAGUUAUAAACAUGUUUUUAAUGGCGUAUUAACAACAUUGAAUUUAUAUAACAAUUUUUUGGUUGACCCAAAUUGGGAAAUUGCGACCUCAAGGUAAUUGGGAAAACGGCGUUUAACGCGGAAUUUUUUACUGUAGCUAACACCCUGCUUGUGCUGCAUUUUUCGCAGUCGUUCCUGGUAAGGUCUUAAAAUGUACAUAAUCACUUGGAUUACAAACCCUAACAUUAUAAUAAUUCCACCAAGUGAAGUGCAAGAAACCACAUCAUUCAAGUUUUACUGUAUGCCACGAAUAGUCAAAAUGUCUUUCUCAUUAUGUGCAUACCUUUCUCAAUACUCAAAUUCUACACUUAAUCUGUCUAUGUUUUUAAUGCAACAUUGAUUUAGUCUAUUACAUUCAUUCCUAAGUUAUAGAUCUAUUUUGAUUUUUGUAGGAUCUAUCAUUAUAUGCAGGUCAAGAAAGCUCAGUGUCAACACAUAUAUGUAAUAAUAUACAAACUGAAUUUUAGCUGACAGGAAACAAGAUUCUGGACACUCUGAGACAAGUGUUUAAGCAUGAAAAGUUCAGAGGAAAACAGCAAGAAGCGAUUGAAAGUGUCAUAAAUGGACAUUACACUUUGCUUAUAAUGCCAACAGGUUGUGGUAAGACAGCGUGUUAUGCUGUUCCUGCUGUAAUGGAGAACAAAGUUGCUGUCGUUGUAUUUCCAUUAUUGGCAUUAUUGCUCGAUCAAGCAGAAAGGUUGAGAAGAAAAGGUAUGAAUGUUUGCUACCUGAUGACUGAUAUGGAAGAAGAAGAAAGAGAAAUUGUAAUCCACAAACUGGACUGUAAUCCGCCAGAGUACAACUUCUUUUUUGUCACACCUGAAACUGUGUUAACACCUGCUGUGUUAACAUUAUUACAAAAUCUUUCAUCCAGGAAUUUGUUAGGUUUGGUUGUGAUUGAUGAAGCCCAUUGUAUUGACACUUGGGGGUUUCACUUUAGACCCAGUUAUGCAGAGGUGUGGAAACUAUGCCACUUGGGAUCUCCAAUUUUGGCAAUGACAGGGACAGCAACAACUCGCACACAGAGUGUCAUAUUAAACAGCUUGUACAGCUGUCAGAGAAAACCAUGGUGA